CAAUUAUGUCUCAAAAUAUUGAAUGCAAGAGAAAUAACCCUGUUUUUAUUAAUUGAUGUAUCAACUUGGAUUAUACCUCAAACAACAUAUAGAUGUCCCCACACAUGCAGUUGGACACACUCUGGACUUAGUAUUCACAAAAGAUGACCGUAUGUACUAACUAGUAAAGUCAAUCUCUGUAAUUGAUAUAGGGAUAUCAGACCACUAUUCUGUUAUCCCACCUCUGGUGUGUCCGGGAGUCCGUGUUUGCCCAACUAUCUAUUUUGUAUUGCUUGUAGGAGUUAUGAGAUUAAUCACUGUUCGUUAUCUUCACUUUGCAUGUCAACUCCAUUACACCUAGCAAACAAAACUCGGCUAGCUAGGCAAUAGCUGCAGAACUGUAGCUCUCUGAAAAAUAUGUUGACAUAACAGAGAGAUACAGAUCCACCCCUUAUAAAAACCUUCGAUUUACGGAACACAAAAGGCUGCGCACGGUUGAGGCCUUAUAUCGUUGUAUUCUUGAGUUGCUGUCUCAUUAAUUUAAAGGAACUGAUUCACGAUUUUCAAUGAUUUAGGAAAUAAAAUUUAUUGCCAGAAAUGUGUAGAUUUUGUCUAUAUUCUGCUGUUACAUUUACUUUUUCCACCGGAUACCCUUCUAGAUGGACAGAAAACCGGGUCCAAAACUGUGUUUGUAAACACCAGCCGUGUGCUUUAAUAAUGUGCGCGCGCAUAUGCUUUUGGCGGAGAAAUUGAACAAUGUCGACAAGAAAGAGAAAGCAAGAGGCGGUUAGAGUUCAGAGAAGAUUGAGGCGACAGAGGUUAUCAGAUGUAGUGGAGGAGUCCAGUAGUUCGGAAAUUGAGGAUCCCACUAGCCACGAACAGGAUACAGAAUCUGACUUGCCAGAGCCAAGUACAAGAGGCAGAGGAAAACGAGGGCGGGGUAAAGGACGCGGAAGAGGACAGGGCACCACUAGAAGAGGGAGGCGUGUCUUUCAUGGAAGACAGUUUGAAGAAACGGAGAGAGAGGCGGAGGCUUUCACUGAUGUACAUUUGGAAUGUAUACAAAAAGCAGAUGAGUUUAUAGACCAACUGUCAGGGGAAGAGUCAAAAGAAUUACUGAAAGAAAUGUGUAAAGAAAUACCGUCAGUGGUUCUAGAUGUCAGUGAAAUCCUAACAAGGAGGAACGAAGAACCAGACCCACCAACACCACCACAACCCGAUGGGGAAGUUCCUAACUGGUGCGUCUGCAACCACUGCGUUCCCGUGAACUCGGCUAUAAAAAGGGUGUGCUGCGAAAUGAGGCCAGAUCUCUGCUUAAGCCUGCGGCCAGAGAUGAAUCUUGUUAUCGUCCACCCAUUUGUGCUACACCUGCAGCAAAGAUUUAGGAAUGACAUUUUUGCACGGGAUGCCCAAACCCAACAGGACGUUAAUAAAGCGUACCGACAUAGUGCAUACCGACAGUAUAUCCUAUGGGUCUUUGGGCGCCUUCAUCGGAAUGACAGAAGAGUUGUCCCAUCUUGCUGUGUGAAAGUGAUAAGAGAAAAGUUUCCCGAUCCCCGUGGUCGAUAUCGAGGAUUUGUUCCGGCAUACAGUGCAGGAUGGUAACAACAUGUCAUUUUGAACAUGUAGAGAAAUAGUUUUCUCUAAGAGACCAUGCAUUGUGGUAACAUUUGGAUUUUUUAUUUAUAUCAUCCAUGCAGCAUUUUCAUUAUUCUUUUGUUUAGCAUUUACUAUUCAUUAUUUAAUUUUCCUACUUACUACCUAUGAUUCUUAAACCAUGUACACAGCAAAGCUAUUAGAGAACUACUGUUAUCAUGUGGUUUUCUUUCUUUUGUUCAUUCCAUCCCCAUGGAAAUAUAAACAUUGUCAUUUUUGUAAUACAUGUAUCAUCUGCUUAUACAAUAAAUAAUAACAAACGUGA